AUGCACCACGCGGCACGCCUGCACAAACUCCUCUCCACCACAGCCAACAGGGACUACCUUUCGCCGCACAUGAAGUGGACCGGCUCAAGGGGAGACCCGUCCAUGCUAAGAGUUUGGGGGUGCAAGGUUCAAUAUCGACCAACUUCAGCCACAACCGGCAAGUUUGCUCAGCGCGUGCGCUGGGGUAUUCAUCUGGGGCUCAGCAACGAGCACAAGGGGUGGCUCAUUCUCGACAUCAACAGCAAAGAGACCGUUCCCGCGCGCGAUGUUUUCUUCUACGAGCGACUCACCUUGAGGCAGUGGAUUGAGGACGAGAGGCGCAACCAAGCUCGUGGCUACGUCAACAGCGGCCGCAGCUUUGCAUCUCCUGAGGACGAGGCAGCAGCAGCAGCGUUUGAUCGCGACGACACCGACGACCAUCCCGGCAUUCCGACUCGCCCACGCACGGACAACGACGACGAUGAUAGUGACGACACGCCCGCACCCGGUCCAUCCCGCCAACAAACCACCGAAACCAGCACAUCCUCACCAGGCCACGAGAGCGACGAUGAUGAUGACGUGGUGGAAGUCCCCAUCACCGACACCGCAGACACCACGAAUGUGUCUGGCCUUCAACUGCUCGGCCUCCACACCUCCGUCUCCACCCUCGUCCGCGCCGUCGAACCCAAAAACCCGCGCCAAGCCCUAACCGGCCCUCAUGCCAAGGAGUGGCGUGCAGCUAUGGACGCUGAGAUAACAACGCUGGAGUCCCGUGAUACCUGGGUCCUCGUCGAUCGUGCAGCAGUGAAGGGGAGAAGGGUGCUAAGCGGAAAAUGGGUAUUUCGUCUCAAGACUAACGCUGACGGAACCAUCGAACAUUUCAAAGCACGAUGGUCGUACAAGGAUACGAUUGGCGCCACGGCAUCGACUUUGACCAAACCUUUGCUCCCGUCAGUCGUCAUACCUCCGUCAGGAUUCUACUCGCCAUAG